AUGCCGAGGUUCUCCGAUAAUGACCGAGUGGAACUGUUCCAUAUGUAUUCCGAUCUGACGCCAAGCCUACAUUUGCCUGAUUUUCCGAAGCACGUGGCCGUAGGUUUCCGUAACGUCAACACCAACACCAACUACACCGUUGACUGGUACGGUUUGUACCUCAUCAGUCAAUGUUCAUUCGCGAGAGUGCUCGAAGACGACAGUCUUCUCUGGUGCAAUCAAGGCGGCUUCUGCGUCACUGAUGCAAUAAGCGACAAGUUCCUGCCCGAGAACAACGGACAGAUGUCUCUCAUAGCAAACAUGACAGGGAACCAGUUUAACAAGUAUGCUGGCUGGUUACAGCAUGAAAAUGAUACAAACAUUGACUGUGGAGGCAGCACUAUCCUUGACACUUCAGGGGCGGUGGGGUAG